AUGCCACCAACUCCAUCCACAGAAACAGAAGAAAAGCAAUGUCGCAUCUGCCUCGACGGUGUCGACGCAGAACCUGAACUCGGUCGCCUCUUUCGUCCUUGCUUGUGUCGUGGCUCAAUAAGUUACGUCCACGUCAAAUGCCUGCAACAGUGGAGGAACACAUCUUCCUCUAGUAAUGCAUUCUUCUCUUGUCCACAAUGCCACUAUAAGUACAGAUUUGCGAGAACACAGGCGCUGGGCAUUGCGACCAACCCAAUAAUCGUCGGCUGCGUCUCUGCGAUUCUGUUUACAACAAUUGUUCUGCUAGCCUCCUUCAUAACGACGUUCUUCAUGUCUGCGUUCGAAGAGCCGACAUAUUACGGCUCUUCAUGGUUCUACUACUUCUCUCCGUUCGACGCGACGCAGGACCUUGUUCGGGCAGCUUUGCGUAUCAUCCAAGACGAGACUGGUGCUGAUAUCCUCCACGACACGCCCCAUCGUGGACCCCCUUUCGUCGACCCUGUAAUAGCUUCGCCUGGCAUCCUCAAGAGGUUUAUUCGCAGAUUCCUCCUCGGUCUUCCUAUAGUUGGCGCUAGCUCACUUGUCCAUAUGUUCUUGUCGGCUCCUUUCAUUGGGCCCGUUCACUGGCUAGCUCGCUAUCGAGGCAACCGUCGAAGGGAUAACUCUCGGGACAUAGCCGCAUUGAUCAUCGUAGGUUUGCUAGUAUUAGGGGCACUGAGGGCUUUAUGGAAGGUGUAUGGUCUGACUGAGUCGCUCACGAAACGUAUCCUGUUGCGUGCAGAGGAUGCUAUCCUCGAAGUGAACUAG